AUGGUACUGAUUUUAGCAGGUCGUUUUUAUGUUACAGACAUUAAUAAUGAUGACCAUGUUUUAGCUACAACGCCACCAGGAUUUUCUAUAAGACAAUCAACAAUAUCUAAUUCUGGUUUAGGUGUAUUUGCAGAGACAACUAUUCCGAAAGACACCAGAUUGGGUCCAUACGAUGGAAUUUUAUACAAAACACAGCUUCCUGAUAUAAGUUGGGCAUACACUUGGAGCGUAAAAUACGAGUCUGGAGAACGAGUAAAGCACUAUGUUGAUGCUUCUCCUAAAACUCACUCCAGCUGGAUAAGAUAUGUAAACUGUGCCAAUACAGUAGAAGAGGAAAACCUGUACCUUCUCCAGUACAACUAUGAGAUUUAUUAUGUGACGUAUGAAUGUAUUAAACCUGGAACGGAACUACUUGUAUGGUAUGGGGAUAGUUACGGUGAACACUUAGGACUUCACAGAACAGAGGAAGAUUAUCAAAGACGUUUUAAUGAGCCUGACAUCAGACAAAUAUUUGUUUCCACAAUUGCAAAAGUUCCCCCACAGCCGCACACCUCAAAAUGCUUCAAAUUUUAUAAUAUGUGUCCAUUUAAGAACCCACCCGGUUCUACAGGGAAACAUACAAAGAUGUGUCUACCAGGGAAGACUUUUGACGUCUGUAGAUACACAUUGUGUGAGGAGAAUCCUUGUACCAAUAUAGUCGACUGCAGAUCAUGUGCAGGAUACUGUUUUCAUGAUGGAAAGUAUAUAAAACCAAACCACGAAUUUUUCAAAGCAGAUAAUGUCAACUUAUGUUUAUGUACAGAUGAUGGAAUUUUGAAAUGUACAAUUCAACACAGUUCUUAUGAAGAUAUGUGUGUUUACUAGAAAUAUCCAUGUAUAUUCUACACAGUAAAGAUGCUGAUUAUUUCAAAAGAUAGCUGUAUAGAAACGUUGAUACAUGCCGUAGUAUUUCCAGAUUGAACGCACAGUGUUUUGUAAUACAGAUCAAAAUACAAGAAUGCAAAGAUUCCAGUAUGGCAACAGAACAAUUGUCAAUUGAAGAAAAAAAAUGUUAUCAGAUAAUGAUCAGAUUCCAUGAAGAUUUUGAUAAUUUUAAGAUAAAUAUUCGUUAUUAUAUAUGUCGAAUAUUUUUGAAGUGGAUCAACAAUUUGUAUGGAAUACAGAAUAGAAUACAAAAUGGAAAGGUUUCUAAAAGCAUGCACUUUCUUUUUUAUUUUUUUGUUUGCACUUGUGCUUUCGUCAACCAAUGUACUAUUAAGUUAAUUGCGUUUCCUGCACGAAUUGUAUUGUAUGUUAUGUAAGUUAUUUUUGUUAGUGAGAUUUCGAGAUUAACAAUUGGGGAAACUAGGGACCUAGAAAAAAGUGUUACCUGCCGAAUUUUCAUGUGACUUGUCAAAGUUAUGGAAUCUCGUUUGUUAUCUGAUAAGUAUGGUGACCUUCUGCUGUUGUUUUUUUUAUUUGGUCUGGUUGUUGUCUCUUUGACUCAUUCCCCAUUUCCAUUCUCAAUUUUAUUACAUUGUUGUCUGGUUGACAUUACCAUGCACAUCUUCUUAUUCCUCUAGUAAAAGCAAUUAAAAAAAUAUCAGGGCUUCUAAUAAAACAUAUUUAUAAGUAUACGUAUUCCCUCUUUCCACUUAAGGCAGCAUAACUGUCCUCAUUUUAUGAAUGGACGAACAGACGUGGCUUUGUAUUUAUACGAUCUUAACAGCUACAUGUAAACAAACGAUCAUACAUCAUACACACCUAGGACUAUUAUCAUUUUUCAUCUGAAUUUUUGGAUGACAAAUGGACACAUCACGGUAAAACAAUCAAACUUUUGACACAUGUAAUAUAACAAAAAAAUCAUCUAAGGACGAAUUCGGAACGUACUGGGGUAGCCUUAUGGUCAUGUAUGAUGUAGUGGUGUUAAACCUGUAUGUUGUCAGAUGUGACCGGUACCUCCAAUUGUAAACAUUUAUUUUGUAUUUGACUCGAUAUGAAAUUGAAAUUGAAACUGAAUCAAAUUUGAAUCCAGACCUCCAAAAAGAUGUCAACGUAAUGGUACAAAACUAGGUAUGUUUUCCUUUAAUUUUUUGUAUAUUUAUGAGUUUAAAGUUCUAAAAUUACAAAAAAAAAAUAAAGCAUAUGCAACAAAAGACUUAGCGAAUGAUAAACACCUAAAGUUGAAAUUUCUGUUCCCACCACGUCGUGGACAUAAUUAUAUUGCACAAUGUGUUACAAGGUUAUUUCCUGUAUUUAGAUUUAAACAAUAAUAUGCCACACAGAAAACUGUUACGUAAUUUAUAAAAUCUGCCAGGGUAUUUCAUAGGGGAAAGUGGUUCUGAAAUCUUCCAUUUUCAUUUAAUUAUAAGUAUUGUGAUAUGCCUA